UUGAGUAAAGACGUGUUGCGUGGGCUUAUGAAAUAAUUCAGAUAAAGUGUUUUUUUUUUUCCUUUCGUUUCGCUUAUGCGUUCUUCAACUAUUCGUUUAUCGACUCAAGGUCUAUUUGUUGUGCGAAAUAGUUGUAAAAAAUCAUCUAAUGCCACACAGUUAGUACGUUGCAUUACUACUAAAAGCGUUCAAGUGAAUAAUACAAACAAAGUCGAACCGAAUUUAAAAAAUAAUAAUAAAAAUAAAACUAACGACAAAUAUUUGCGUUAUACCAGUGAGGAGGGCUACUAUAAGACAUCACCUUACGAACCGGUAGCAAGCUUAAACACCACUUUGGAUAAAUAUGUUUGGCGCAAUUUAAAAAAAUGGCAAAAUAACGUGGCUGCGAUCGAUAUUGUAAACGGUCGUCAGUACACAUUUGCGGAAUUGCGGGAUUGUAGCGCCGCUUUAGCCAUACGUUUACAAAGGAAAUUUAAAUUGUUAAAGGGCGAUGUUUUGGCGAUUUGUUUACCAAAUGUACCCGAAUAUCCUGGCGCGAUAUUGGGUGCAAUUGAAGCUGGCCUCACCAUAACGACAGUCAAUCCAUUAUACACAUCUGAGGAAAUCUCGCGCCAAUUAAUAUUUAGUAAUGCAAAAUUUAUCAUAGGCACUUGUAGAGGUUUUCCGGUUUUAUCGGAUGCCUGUAAAUUGGCUAAAAAAAACAUUCCGAUUGCGUGCAUACGAAUGACCGCAGAUGAAUUAUUACCUGAAGGAUGUAUAGACUUUUUUGAGCUCUUCAAACCCGAUGAUCACUUAGAUUAUAGUCAACUAAAGCAUUAUGACAGUGAUCCUAAUGAUCUCGUAUUAUUACCUUUUUCAUCCGGUACAACGGGUUUACCUAAAGGUGUAAUGCUAUCGCAUAACAAUAUAGUCACGAAUGCAGAACAAAUUCAAGUUAUUAUACCGACCGAUUGCACCAGCAAUCAGGAAGUAAUACCAACAAUGUUACCUUUCUUUCAUAUUUACGGCCUAACGGUAACAAUGAUAUCCCGUUUAAGUUUCGGUUGUAAAUUAGUAACAAUGCCACAAUUUAAACCCGAAGAUUUAAUGAAGUCUUUAAAUGAUCAUAAAGGCAGCAUUUUGAACCUAGUGCCGCCCAUAGCUUUAUUUAUGAUUAAUAGUUCUAAGAUGUCUUACAAGACCGCUCCAAAUUUACGUAUGGUCUUAAGCGGGGCUGCACCCAUAGCUAUAUCAGAUAUCGAACGAUUUAUAAAAAAAUUCCCAUAUACGAAAUUCUUACAGGGUUACGGUAUGACAGAAACCUCGCCGGUUGUAUUACUUACACCUAUCGGCAAUAAACGGUAUGCGUCAACUGGUUUCCCGGUUAGCAAUACCGAAGCGAAAAUCGUAUGCUUCGAAAGUGGCGACUUAAAAGGUUUGGGACCCAAUCAAACCGGUGAAUUGUGCAUACGCGGUCCGCAGAUCAUGCAGGGCUACUUAAAUAAUUCCCAAGCGACUGAAGAAGCCUUCUAUCCAGGCGAUUGGCUACGUACUGGUGAUGUAGCUCAUUACGACGAAGACGGCUAUUUCUACAUAACCGAUCGCAUGAAAGAACUGAUUAAGGUAAAAGGUUUUCAAGUACCGCCUGCCGAAUUGGAAGCGAUAUUACGAAAUCAUCCAAAAAUAUUGGAUGCCGCAGUUUUCGGUGUACCCCAUGCCAUAAAUGGCGAAGUACCUAAAGCUUUGGUAGUUCUAAGGCCCGAUAUGAAAGCCAGCGAAGAAGAAAUUUCUAAAUAUGUAGCCAACCGUGUAGCCCAUUAUAAGCAGUUGGUGGGUGGCAUUAUAUUCACCAAUGAAGUGCCUAAGAAUCCUACCGGGAAAAUAUUACGUAGAAUAUUGAAGGAACAGUAUUCCACUUAAUAGAUAAUAGAUGGCGAAGAAUCUGAUACGAAAUCAAAAGUGAAAUAAUAAAAUGCAAGCAUUCAAAAAAUAUGAUCA